AUGGCAAAGGCCCAAGAAGAAAUUGGGCUGUUUAAGGUCCAGCACAGAGUGUUCAUCUCUCUUUUAUUUUGGUCCGUACCAGGAAAUGCCUACAGAGAAUGCCUGGGCAAUGGGACAUGGGCUUCCAAGAUAAACUACUCUCAGUGCGAGCCUAUUCUGGAUGACAAGAGGAAGUAUGCGCUCCAUUACAAGAUUGCUCUCAUCAUAAACUACCUGGGGCACUGUAUAUCAGUAGGGGCCCUUAUAGUUGCCUUUAUGCUUUUCUUGUGCUUGAGGAGUAUCAGAUGCCUGCGGAAUAUUAUCCACUGGAACUUGAUCACCACAUUCAUCCUGAGGAAUGUGAUGUGGUUUCUGCUUCAAAUGAUAGACCACAACAUACAUGAAAGCAAUGAACCCUGGUGUCGAUGUAUUACCACUGUCUACAAUUAUUUUGUGGUGACCAACUUCUUCUGGAUGUUUGUGGAAGGCUGCUACUUACACACUGCUAUAGUGAUGACUUAUUCCACAGAUAAGCUGCGGAAAUGGGUCUUUCUCUUCAUAGGAUGGUGUAUUCCUUGCCCAAUCAUCGUUGCCUGGGCCAUUGGCAAACUAUAUUAUGAAAAUGAACAAUGCUGGUUUGGAAAAGAGCCAGGGAAAUAUAUCGACUACAUAUAUCAAGGACCAGUGAUUCUUGUUCUUCUGAUAAAUUUUGUAUUUCUAUUUAACAUAGUUAGGAUUUUAAUGACAAAGCUGAGAGCUUCAACCACUUCAGAAACAAUACAGUACAGGAAGGCAGUCAAGGCAACGUUAGUUCUUCUGCCUCUGCUAGGCAUCACCUAUAUGCUUUUCUUUGUCAAUCCUGGUGAAGAUGACAUUUCCCAGAUUGUCUUCAUCUACUUCAAUUCCUUCCUGCAGUCUUUUCAGGGUUUCUUUGUGUCGGUAUUUUACUGCUUCUUGAACGGUGAGGUCCGUUCUGCUGCCAGGAAAAGAUGGCACCGCUGGCAAGACCAUCACUCCCUGCGAGUGCGUGUGGCACGUGCCAUGUCUAUCCCCACCUCUCCGACACGAAUCAGCUUCCAUAGCAUCAAACAGACCGCAGCCGUGUGAUAUGCCCUGCACAUACACGUACCACCUGGUGGCCUUCAGGGUUCUUCUUUCUUCACUCUCCCCAAGCCCCUUUCUUCAAACUUUCUUCCUUUAUUCUGCACUGCUCUCUUUCGCAAUGAGGUGCCCAUCAUAUUUUUGCGGACUCUCAUCUCCCAUACUCGUGAUGCUGCUUUAAGGCAACCAGGCAAAAGCCUCUUGGAGUAAGUGGUGUUGAAACAGAUUCAAAGAAGAAAGAGAUUCAACAGUGACUGGACCCUGUGGAAGCUCACAGUACAAAGUCUGAAACAGCACACUGGCAGGAACAA